AAAACAAUAUACGGAACAAAUAAAGUACGAAACCAUCUCUAUCACAUUAGAAUAGAUCCAUCGGUUUUCCUCUUCCUGCCAAUUUUUCGUUCUCAAAACAAUCGAACCGCCAAUAGAUCUCCUCUGAUCCAGUAGCAACAUUUGCAGUAAAAUUUCACUUUCGAAGAGAAGAGAUCUUAUAUAAGUACAACUUCCAUUUGUCAUGGCCAGUCAACCCUGGUACAUUAAACACACAAAUCAUAAUACUACUGCAAUAGGCAAAGAUAUAUUCUAGGUUGUUCUAUUAUGGGUACUGUUUUAUGGAAUAGUCUUCUUUCUCUUGUUGUUCUUUUUCUAGUUCUGCUUCUGUUUUGUAGCUCAGGAGCAGAUCAGGUAGUUACUGUAGAUGUUCAUGCAGCUCGUCAUCUCCUCCGUUCUGGCCACCGCUAUCUUGAUGUUAGGACAGAAGAAGAAUUCAAGAAAGAACAUGUAGAGAACUCUGAGAAUAUUCCCUAUAUGUUUAAUACUCCCCAAGGUAGGGUGAAGAAUCCAAAAUUUAUGGAGCAAGUAUCUGCCGCUUUCGGCAAGGAAGAAAAGCUAGUUGUGGGAUGUCAAAGUGGUGUGAGGUCACUGUACGCAACUACUGAUCUUCUUACUGCUGAAUUCAAGCAUGUAAGCAACAUGGGAGGGGGAUAUCAGGCUUGGGUGGAGAGUGGGUUUGCUGUAAACAAACCACAAGAUGAACUUUGAUCACUCGGUCUUCUCUUGUUGCAGCAGUUGCGCUAGCUAUCAAGAUAUCUUAACCACGAAAGAAUAAGUUUUCAUUGAAAUCACUAGUAUAUUCUCUGUAUUUGACGCUCAUCGUAAAACAAAAAUAUUGCAAUAAAGUCUCUGAUUUUGACA